CUGACUCACAAAAUAUAAUACAACGUGUAACACUAACAAAACAUGGAGUCAGUCGAAUCUCCUGGAUUAAAACAUUAUUAUGUUUCUAAAAUCGAAGAAUUAAAUCAAAAAAUUAUGGAAAAAACACAUACCAUUCGUCGCUUAGAAACACAACGCAAUGAACUCAAUACUACGGUGAGAAAUUUACGCGAUGAGCUACAAUAUCUGUUAGAGCCAGGAAGUUACGUAGGAGAGGUUAUUAAGCCUAUGGGAAAAAAUAAAGUUUUGGUUAAGGUUAGUCCAGAAGGGAAAUUCGUUGUGGAUAUAAGUUCAAAUAUUAAUUUGGCUGAUUGUACUCCAAAUACUCGUGUUGCUUUACUGAACGAUUCCUAUAAACUACAUAAGAUAUUGCCAAGUAGAGUCGAUCCCUUAGUCUCUCUCAUGAAAGUAGAAAAAGUUCCUGAUUCAACAUACGAGAUGGUAGGAGGUCUUGAAAAACAAGUCAAAGAAGUCAAAGAGGUUAUUGAGUUACCUAUCAAACAUCCUGAAAUUUUCGAAGCAUUAGGGAUCGCUCAGCCAAAGGGGGUAUUGUUAUAUGGACCUCCAGGAACAGGAAAAACACUCUUAGCUAGAGCUGUUGCUCAUCACACCGAGUGCACAUUCAUAAGAGUUUCAGGAAGUGAAUUAGUUCAAAAAUAUAUCGGAGAAGGUUCUCGUAUGGUUCGAGAACUGUUUGUUCUUGCUAGAGAACACUCUCCAUCCAUCAUUUUUAUGGACGAAGUUGAUUCUAUAGGUAGCCAAAGAUUAGACGGGGAACAUGGUGAUUCGGAAGUUCAACGUACGAUGAUGGAACUUCUUAGUCAGCUUGAUGGAUUUGAAUCUACUCAGAAUAUAAAGGUUAUAAUGUGCACAAAUCGCAUAGAUAUACUUGAUGACGCCUUACUUCGUCCAGGACGUAUCGACCGAAAAAUUCAAUUUCCCAAUCCGAAUGAAGAAGCAAGAAGAGAAAUAUUAAAAAUUCACAGUCGGAAAAUGAACCUUGUGCGAGGCAUUGACCUUCAAAAAAUUGCAGCACAAUUAAGUGGAGCAUCGGGUGCUGAGGUCAAGGCUGCAUGUACCGAAGCGGGUAUGUUCGCUCUACGUGAACGUCGAAUUCAUGUUUCUCAAGAAGAUUUUGAAUUAGCUGUGGCGAAGGUUAUGAAGAAAGAUUCCGAUCGCGACAUUAGUCUUAGAAAACUCUUUAAAUAGUUUCAUUAAAAAGAACCAUAGAACCUUUGAAUGUGUUUAAAUAUUUCGCCAUUUCUCAAUUGAGCUGAUCAAGGAUAAAGAAAUACAUUAUUAAAGGAUUGUUUCGAGUCCAACUGUCAACAUCAGUUUUCAUGUUUCGAAGAACGUUUAAAAUAUCACCAUAAAAUUCAUUUUUUUCUCUUGCACAAUACAAAUACGUAAAUAAUUUGAGGUGUUUCUCAAAAAACUAAAACUUAUCAAUAAGAUAAAAUAUUUCAAAUUAUA